AUGCGUGACCAAAAAAGAAUCUAUAUUUUCCUUUCUUUCUUUUUAUUUUCUUCCCUUUUCUUUCUUUCUGUCUUUCUUACCUUGUCUUUCAUUCUUUUUCUUUCUUUCGUUCUUUUCAUCAUGUUUAUUCUUUUCUUUUUCUUUCUUUUCAAGUUCAUUAUUUUCUUUCCUUUUACUUUCAUUUUUUCAUUUCUUUCUUUUUCUUUUUCUUUCUUUAGCAUUAUUUUUCUCUCUUUCUCUUUCUCUUCAUCAUUUCAUUCUUUUCCUCCUUCAUUAUUGUUAAUUAAUUAUUCAUGUUCUUUGUCAUUUACAGCUUCCGUUCUUCAUAUCUCAUCCGUUUUCCUUCUCUUUUCUUCUUCGCCAAUUCAUUUUCUUUUCUUUCUUCAACUUCUACUAUGCAUUUUAUACAAAGUAGACUUUCUUCUCCAGGUUCCACUUUUUCCUCUUCUUCUUCUUCUUCCUCUUUCUGUUCCUUCUUUUUUUUACCCUCCUUUUUUUCCUCCUCUUCUUUUUCAUCGCCCUCUUCUUAUUUUUCUCCCUUCUACUCUUCUACGCCUUACUCCUUAUUCACCUCCUCUUAUUUCUCUCCAUCUAUCUGUCUUCAAGUUCUUCUACAUCUUCCUCCUCGUUUACCUCGCCCCUUCUUCUUCUACAUCUUACAACUCCACCGCCUUAUCCUCUUCUAUUUCUUUUUCCUCCUCUAGAACUUUUUCUUCUUCUUCUUCUCUUUUCCGCUCUUUAUUUUCUUUCUCCUCUUCUUUUACAUCCUCCUCCUCUUCUUCAAAACCGUUUCAUUCUAUUGCAUUUCAUUCUCUCUUUCCUCAUUCCAUAACUUACCAUUGUUUUCACAUUUUUAUUCUUCAGUUCUUUAUUACUUUGCUUUAUUAG